AUGAGGCUCCCACAUUUCGAUUUGGACGCACCGGCGGACAAAAACUACCGGCCGCCAACGACGUUCCCUCUUGGCCCGUUCAAAAAGUACAAGUACAACCCCAUACUCAGGCCCGACCCCGACAUCGAGUGGGAGUGUGCGUAUUUGUACAACGCCACCGCGAUUGUGGUUGGGAUCCACGUGGUGAUGCUCUAUCGGGCGCAAAACAAGCAAAAAGUCUCGUCUGUGGGGCUAGCGUGGUCGACCGAUGGCGUCAACUUCCAAAAACACAAGAAGCCGGUGAUUGCAGCGACGGAGAAGUACGAGCUAGGUGGCGGGAUAGAGGAUCCCCGGAUUGUGCGCGACCCCGAGCUGAAGUUGUUUGUUGUCACGUACACGGCGUACGACUUGCAAAGCGCCCGGUUAUGCGUUGCUACUAGCGAGGAUCUCUUGCACUGGACGAAGUACGGGCCCAUUGUGCCGGCAACGUGGAAGGAGAUUGCGAUUUCCACCGAGGGGCACCCGUUCAUCAGACCCAACUGGACCAAGAGCGGCGCCAUAUUCAACGAGCGCAACAAAGACGGCAAGUACUACAUGAUUUGGGGCGAUUCGCAAUUGCACCUUGCCGAGUCGACUGACUUGAAACAUUGGAAGCCUACAAGCAACAACCCCAACGUCAAUCUCUGGGCUCGGCAGAUCUUGCACAGGGAAAACUGGUUGAUUGAAAGUGGCCCUGCGCCCAUCAAGAUGUCGAGCGCCAACGGCAACAAGUGGAUCUUCCUCUACAACGCUGCCACGACUGGUGGCCAGGACUUGGCAAAGGGGACAUAUACAAUCAACCAAAUGCUUGUUGACUACGACGAUAUCCACGCGGGACCUUUGGCGAGAGCCGAAAAGCCAACAUUGAAGCCGGAGCUGUAUAACGAGGUCUGGGGUCAGGUCAAUCAAGUGGUAUUUUGCGAAGGCAUCGUGCAAUUCAACGGGGAAUGGUUUCUCUACUAUGGACAAGGCGACUCUGAGUUGGGAGUCGCAAUAGCUCCUGUUGCUUGA